GAGGGUCUUUGCGGCGGUGUGCCACGGUUCCACGCCCCCGUCACGUUAUGGGGGCAGCACCACUCUGUACGCGGGGGGGUGUCGCGCCCGGGGGUCCCACGGCUACGCCUGCUCAAGGAGGGUCUCCGUCAGUGAUUCAGUGGUCUCGCUGUCACACUAGCCACCUCGAGUGCAGAACCAGAGUGAACUCUUGUGUAGGGGUGACAUGUGGUGCUGGGUCCAGGUGUGGAAGGGGCUGGGCGUGGGUAUGGUUGCUAGUGGCUGCAGGAUGGGCGGCUCUGUUAGCGCCCACCUGCCAGGCCAACCCGGACGCCAAGCGCCUCUAUGACGAUCUACUUAGCUCCUAUAACCGCCUCAUCCGCCCUGUCGGCAACAACUCGGACAGACUCACCGUCAAGCUCGGCCUUAAGCUCUCUCAGCUCAUCGAUGUGAAUCUCAAAAAUCAAAUUAUGACAACGAACGUCUGGGUCGAACAGGAAUGGAAAGACUACAAGUUAGUUUGGGAUCCAGAGGACUACGGCGGCGUACAAACUCUUCACGUACCUUCAGAGCACAUAUGGUUACCUGAUAUCGUAUUAUACAACAAUGCCGAUGGGAAUUACGAGGUCACCAUCAUGACAAAGGCGAUACUCCACUACAACGGCAGAGUCACUUGGAAGCCGCCAGCGAUCUACAAGUCUUCGUGUGAGAUCGAUGUCGAGUAUUUCCCCUUCGACCAGCAGACUUGCUUCAUGAAGUUUGGCUCAUGGACCUACGAUGGGUAUAUGGUGGACCUUCAGCACCUGGACCAGAAGCCGGGCAGCAACCUGGUCGACCCGGGCAUCGACCUCCUCGACUACUACAUUUCCGUGGAGUGGGACAUCCUGAAGGUCCCGGCCAUCAGGAAUGAGCGUUUCUACCCGUGCUGCGAGGAGCCCUACCCGGACAUCUACUUCAACAUCACCAUGAGGAGAAAGACGCUCUUCUACACCGUCAACCUCAUCAUCCCGUGCGUCGGCAUCUCGUUCCUGUCGGUGCUGGUGUUCUACCUGCCGUCGGACUCGGGCGAGAAGGUGUCGCUCUGUAUCUCCAUCCUGCUGUCGCUCACCGUGUUCUUCUUGCUGCUGGCCGAGAUCAUUCCUCCGACGUCGCUGGCGGUGCCGCUGUUGGGGAAGUACCUGCUGUUCACCAUGAUCCUGGUGACGCUGUCCGUCAUGGUGACGAUAGGCGUGCUCAACGUCAACUUCCGCUCGCCGUCGACGCACAAGAUGGCGCCGUGGGUGCGGAAGAUCUUCAUCGAUCUGCUGCCGAAGUUCCUGCGGGUGGAGCGGCCGCAGAAGGACUCCGGCGACGAGGGUCCCGACGAAGUCACGGCCGGAGGGGACACGUCCUUCACGCCCUCCAGCGACGGCUUCGACAAGUUCCCUUUCGAGGACACGUACGACAUCCCGGCCAUCCCGCCCUCGCCGUACGACCGGGACCGUUACGGGGACGACCACCACCUGGCACUACCCGCGCCCGAGUGCCACGCCCCCGUGCACGCACACGACCCGCCCUUCGUGCCCGAGAUGGAGGAGCCGCGCCAGCACUCCGAGCACCGCACCCUCAGGAGCAUCGAGUACAUCGCGCAACACAUGAGGAACGUCGACUCCUUCGAGGAGAUCGAGGACGACUGGCGCUAUGUGGCGAUGGUUCUGGACCGGCUGUUCCUGUGGAUCUUCAUGGUAGCUUGCGUGGCUGGUACUUGUGGUAUCAUCUUCCAAGCUCCUUCCCUGUAUGAUACCACCGAACCCAUCGAUAUACAGAUGUCCAAAGUGGCACAGAGAAAACGUCAGGAUCUUAUGGGUCCCGAGGAAUAAUAAUGCUGUUCUUAGGCGUAGAGGAAUAAUAUUAAUAAUAAUUAUAUUAAACAAAGGACAAUUUUUUUUGUUUUCGUUGUUGUUGUCUUUGUAUGUAUGUGUGUGCGUGCGUGCACUCUUUACUGAAUAGUACGUGGGAUAAAGCGAAGUGGUGCGUCUUGUGAGUCUCCAGUGUGAAAUGGAGACUGUCAGUUUUCCUUUUUUUAUCAAGAAAAGAGAUACAGAUCCAUAUAAUGGGAAACGCGCAAGAAAGUAUAAAAAUAUUUUUGGAUAAUCACAACACAAUGGAUUGGUGUUUUGCCCCAGAUCAGUUCUAUGGGUGUUGUGUAGUUCUUGAGUAUUGUAGUCACAGACUGGUGGAAUGCAUGUACUGUAUAAUUUUGUAGAAAAUGUCUCUGAGAAUGAAAAUUAUCAGGACCGUUGUUUCUAUAACCAUUCAUAAGAAAAUAACGGGAAAUAUUUAUGCUGUAAGAAUGAAAACCUUUGUCUCGGUAAUUAAGAUGAAAAUCUGAAAAUAAAAGAACUGUACUGUUACCGGGACAGGUUGAAUCUAAUAGUGCAAUACAGUAAUCACUCAAAAGGCACUCAAAAUUUCUGAAUGAUUAACAGCCAACUUUGACUGCACAUACCUCGAUCUUUGCUUGUUUAUUUAUGCUAAAUAAACGAGGAUAUAACCCUUUUUGAGAAUUAGAUUAUAGUACUAUCUCGACCUAUCAGAACGAGGGAAGCUUACCCUGUACUGUAUGAAGUGAAAACAAAUUAACCAAGAUAAAAAGAAAAAGAAAAAAAUGGUUCAUAUAUUGCUCAUCGGAAAAGUGAACUGAAAAAAGGUGCUAAAAAAUGUUUUUUUUUUAUUACAAUAAACUGAAAAAAUCAACAUAAAAAUAAACCUCUUCCAUGCACCAUACAAACCAUUAAUCUUGUGAAAAAGAAUCCUGAAUUUUUUUUUAUUAUUAUUAUUAUUUUUUUACUAAAACAUAUUCUAUUGAAACAACGUGUCAGAAAACAACAACAACAACAACAAAAUACGAAGUAUAUUUCAAAGGUCUGAAAAAAGGAAGGACACUAAGUGCAUGCAGGAAGUACAAUGAGAUCUCUAAACGGGUGAAAAUAAAGAAAUAUUUUCUAUUCCUCAUUUCCGAGGUGUUCUUCCCAAUUUAUUUUCGUUUGUUUUAAGCAGCCUGACUUUUCCAGGGCUGUGAUUGAUAGCACAAUUAUGUUGUUUGUCCUUUCGAUGUGUAGGUUUUAUUUAUUGCCGAGGGAAUGUACAUUGGAACCUUGAUCUAUGUUCUUAUCACGAACAAGGCAAUUUGUUUGUUUCU